AUGAGGCACCUACGUUUGCUAUACUUGAUAUAUGGCAUCGUCGCCGUUCUGCAGAACCUCCAGGUGUCAGCAUGGUCGAUCCCACGAGAAUAUCUCGGCGUCUAUACGAGCAGCAAGGCCCCGAUAACUCAUAGUCUUUCACCAGACGAAGAGGCCAUCAAACGUGCGCCUCCACCGAUUCAACCUGGCCAGGCCACCGCUACAAAUACAAACACAGCCGCGAGCGGCGAGGAUGCUACAGAGAACAGGGUUAACGACGACGCUAUCUUCAAGCGGCUGAUGUCAGAUCUUGAGACCUGCGUUGAAGACCUUCUCCCUUACACAACGGAAAAUACACCAAACGACCAGGUCCAGAUCAGUGGAUCGAAAGUGAGAUCGUGCAGACAGGCCAUUUUCUCGUUGAUACGGUGGCUCGGUGCUCGAGGAAACAACCCGCCAAAAGGGAGCUCGUCUGUCGUCGGAGCCACGGACGAGUAUCAGGAAUCUCAUCAGUCUCAUGAGAACGAGAGAAGAGAUGACCAAAAAUCACGUUUCAAUCUGGUCAAGCCGGGAAAUAAUAGGGAUCCGCGCGAGUCUGGCAGGCUUGAAACGAGGGUCGAUGAAACUGGAAACCAACCAACACCAACUAAUACCAGACCGCUCACUUGUCAUGAUCGAGCAUGUACCACCGACGACAUUCUAUCGACGUGCGUGACAAAGAAAGGGGCAAAGCUGAAGCCCAAGGUUGCUAGAAUGUGCAAGAUGUGUUUUCCGCGCAGAAACGAGCAGCUGGUUGACGUAUAUUGCUCUGAACUGGCCAAGAAGGAGUGGUAUUUGUUUUAUAUUCUCUUCGCUAUACUUAUUACAGCUGCUGGCACGUUUAUCGCCCUGACCUUUCUCCGAAGACUGAGGGCAAAGGCUCAGAAUACACAAGAUGGAGGAGCAGGCAUUCUUCCAAUCAAAAGAUCCAUCCGACCGCCAACACUAGGAAUGCCCCGAAGUAGAUCUAGGGGAAUAGCAUCAAGGUGUACAAGGAUGGCCAUAUAUCUCAGAGCUUCGGCGACACAAGCUGAUGUAGAGGAGCGACUGAUGCUUGACGCAAAGGCAUAUCUGUCUACUCCGACUCACAUUCCGCCAGCCCAGGUCAGUAAGCAUAAGCAAUAUCCGUUCCAAGGAUCUGGUGCCGAGGCCUGCGAAAGACAAACGGGAUUGAAAUUUCGGAAGAGCUGUGAUUCAAACUUGGAGGUACCUGCUGCCGCUGCACAACGGGGACGUAGCUCCAGCGUUCAAACGAUACCAAACGUUGCCCUGGCUACUGGAAACGAAGGUGUCGGGCUGCAGCGUCUCAGCGUGGAUACACCUGUUCAACGUCCGCAUACCGCCGACUGA